AUGCCUGCCGAGAGGCGAUCUCUACGAUCCAACAACAAAUCUGACACCUCUUCAUCUGCUAACGGUGACAACUCUCAGUCAAACUCCCAGGGCUCAAGUGCUAAGGAAAAGACUACCCCGACAACUCGCGCCGCCGCUAACAAGGCUAAAUCGGGCCCGGUAAAGAAAGUCGCCGCCAAGGGCGCAUCAGAGAACGGAAUGGGAGACAAUGACGAAUCUCACCCCAAUGGGUCAAAGCCCACAGAGAAUGGCUUGAAUGGCUCCGAGGAUGUUGAGAUGGGCGAGGAUACGGCAGGUGCGCCAACAUCCUCCUUCAACUCGAGUAAGAACCGGCAUGGUGACGAGAUGACUGUUGUAGUGCCACCGACCAAGGGUUCGAAAUCAUCCGGCAAUCCUGGCGACGACAAGGAGGAGGAUGCCACAAUGGAAGGUGCUGAGGAUGAAGCGGAUAAGCCCGACCCUACAGCCAAAGCUAUCCAAGACAUCAAGACCAACUUCACCCUACUCGAGCGCGCUGUAGCCCAUUUCGACCCCCGAUUCACUCUCCGCGUUCUACGCUCCAUUUCAUCCAUGCGAAAAUACAUUACCCCCGACGUUCUGGCCCAGGUUAUUGCGCAGACCUACCAAUCGUCGAGCACAGUGGCUUCUUUCCUACUCAGCGCCAUUGAUCAGACAGAAGCCUUCGAUAAUGUGUCUGAGAGCUCGAAGAUGGAAAUGGACUCGGAGACGUCCAAGCCAUGCCCGAAGGAUGUUCUCCCUGAGGUGGAUAUCUAUCUUUCCAUCUUGGUGCAGAUCUACCUCUUCGACCAGCGGCAGAUUCAGAGGGGCGCCAAACUCUCAACUGAGCUCAUUGAACGUUUACGCGCGCUUAACCGCCGAACGUUGGAUUCCCUUGCGGCGCGUGUGUACUUCUAUUAUUCUCUUUUCUACGAGCAAAUUGCGCCACUUCCUCCUUCGCCUGCUGCGGCUGUGACUUCCAUCCGUCAGCCGCUUUUGGCAGCACUGCGAACCGCCGUCCUUCGGAAAGACGUGGACACGCAGGCCACGGUCAUGACCCUGCUACUUCGCAACUACCUGUCAACCUCUCAUAUCACUCAGGCUGACUUGCUGAUCUCGCACAAUCGCUUCCCGGCUGCUGCUUCCAACAACCAGAUCGCGAGAUAUCUGUACUACCUAGGCCGGAUCCGUGCCAUUCAGCUUCAGUACACCGAGGCCCAUGGACACUUGAUUGGUGCGACACGGAAAUCCCCAACCAGCAAUGUCGCCCGGGGAUUCUAUCAGGCCUCCCAUAAGCUGCUCGUGGUCGUAGAGCUUCUCAUGGGCGAUAUUCCCGAUCGGGCAAUCUUCCGGCAGCCCGCCCUGGAGAAGGCCAUGCACCCCUAUUUCCUUCUUACCCAGGCCGUCAGCGUCGGAGAUCUCGAUGGCUUCCUGAGCACAGUCAAUGCGCACAGCUCUGCCUUCCGCAAGGAUGGCACGUAUACUUUGAUUCUGCGUCUCCGUCAGAAUGUCAUCAAAACCGGUAUUCGUAUGAUGUCGCUUUCAUACUCUCGCAUCUCACUGCGAGACAUUUGUCUUCGGUUGGGCCUGGACAGUGAGGAAUCGGCUGAAUACAUUGUUGCAAAGGCUAUUCGUGAUGGUGUCAUUGAGGCUACUCUUGACCAUGAACAUGGGUUCAUGAAGAGCAAGGAGGUUGGCGAUAUCUAUGCCACUCGGGAGCCAGGAGAGGCUUUCCACGAGCGCAUUCGCGCUUGUUUGGCUUUGCACGAUGAAAGUGUCAAGGCUAUGCGGUUCCCUAUGAAUCAGCAUCGUCUGGAGCUGAAGAGUGCGCAGGAAGCUCGAGAGCGAGAGCGCGAGCUUGCCAAGGAAAUUCAAGAAGGUGACAUGGACGAUGAGGACGCUGGCGGUGAUUUCGAUGCUAUCUAG